UUGAACUUUAUCACUUAUUCCUGCUCUGUUUCUUUGUUUCUUAUUUCCACAGCGGUGGUUUUCUCAAUAAUGGCUUUGUACUCUUGUUAUUUCAAUCAUCAGCUGUGUGUGUACGUGAGUUUAGGUGCUCCAUCGACUUCCAAGUCCACAAAAGAAGUCUGCUUUCCCGAAUAAACAAAGAAAAUGAGGAGCAAAGUUUAAAAGUGACUCCCAAAAUCAAGUCCCAAACGAAAUGAUGGAAACAAUAACGUUGAGUACAGCAGAUAAUCCCAACUCCAGACACGUAGCAGCUGGAGGUUUGGAGGAUCACCAUCAUCAUCAGCAUUCACCAGUUGAUGAGGAACAAAUCAUGAAUCUCUCGGAUAUGGCGGAUUUGGCAAUGCAAGAAGACAUUGUGGCACUGCCCAAGGAGGUAAUUUUGAUAUCUCUAGUGUCUCAAGAGCAGGCCCUGUAUAAUCCCAAACAUGAAAACUAUCGAAAUACUAAGCGCAAGGACCAGAAGUGGUUGGAAAUUGCAGAGAAUUUGGGAUGGACUGAGAUGCAAUGCAAAGCCAAAUGGAAGGCUAUGCGGGAUCAGUAUUGUAGAGAAUUGAAAAGGAGUAAAUUCAACUCCAAGGCCAACAUUAGAUGGAGAUAUUUCAAGGAACUGGACUUUCUAAGGCCCUAUGCUUUAGCUAGAAAUUAUCGCCCCCGCAACCCUGCGCCUAUCAAUAACAAUGCAACCAACAAUAUCAAUAACCAAAACUCAUUUAACUGUGCCUCUACCCCAGAUGACAACAUGAAUCACAGCGACAGCAAUAAUACAAAAUUUGAAAGCAUAAAAAUCGAAAGCAAUGCCACGGGAAGCUUUGCUCCUUGUGAUUUCUCCACGGUCAAAACAGAAACUGCCACAAAUCUGACAGAGGAACAGCUGAAUUCUGUGUUGCAGCAUCAGAGUGAUGACAAUAACUGGACUUAUAUAACAACGGCCUCCUCCACUUCAUCCAAUAACAAUUCACGUCUGGACAAUCAUCCGUUGAGCGAUACAACACAUCUCCUAUCAACCCACUCUCAUCAUCAUCAACAACAGCAGACUGAUGAAGCUUUAUACAAUGCCCUGGUUAGUUGUGUGGGUCAAAUCCAACAACAGCAACAUCAAUUGUGCCAACAACAACAACAGCAUCAUCAGCAAGAACUUUCACAGACUACCUCUUCGGGUCAGCAACAACUGUCAAUGCCUGCAGCCACCAAAUCGAUUAAGGACGAAGAAGAUGAUGACCCGAUACACACAUUUUUAAACAUUGAAAGCUAUUUCGAAAAGGAAUUAAUUGCCAUGAUCCAACACGAGGAUGUCUUGUACAACAGCUAUCAUCCGAAUUAUCGAAAUGUCAAACUCAAACUGGAGGUGUGGGAUGAAAUAGCUAGGAAAUUAAAGAAAACUGUCAAGCAAUGUCGUCUCAAGUGGAAAGCACUGAGGGAUCAGUUCAUACGUGAACAUAAACGGCUAAAGUAUCGUGACAAUGUGGAGUCCCUACCCAGAUGGAAGCAUUAUGAUGCCCUGAGUUUUCUGCAGAAGUUCAUAAAACAAAGACCGGGCGACUAUGAAAACAAAUCGCUCAUGCAAAUCCCCAAAUCUGAUAUUGAUGGCGAUAUGGAUGAUGACGAGGACGAACAUAUGAAUAUUAGCGACAGCUCACCCCUGGAUAAAUGUGAAAUGAAUCAAAAUCAAUUACAACUACCCGAUUUGGAGGCGGUAAAUCAGACUCAAAGCCUACACCAACAGCAAGCCGAACACACGGAUGGCUUAUGUGUGACUUCGGACAGUGUUGGGGGUUAUGAUGAUAUGGACAUAGAUAAUUAUAUUAUGGGUGAUAGUGACAGUGUGGUAGAUGAUCACAACCACCAUGACCAUGAAGGAGAAGAGCAAGAAGAUCACAAGUCUCAAGAAGAUUUUUCGGUUUAUCACACGAAUCACAGUGCCGACAAGGUGAAUAUGCAUUCUACAAAUUUGGAUACCUCCAAUCAGCAGACAUUUAACACCUCAACAAGUCCACAAACUCUACAAACGUCAACGUCGGUGGCAGAGCAACAUCAACAUAUCAAUAUGCCUUCAUUGGACUUGAAUGACAGUUCUGGCAAUCUCAUAGCACCGGAUAACUUGAAGAAUGCCGUCGUAACAUCAAUGCAACAGCCGACAUCCUACCAGACGUCGAAUCUUACAAAUGGCAGCAGUUUAAGUUUGACACCCACCCAGGAGAUGUGUUCUUCUGCAUAUCAUGCUACGGCGACUAGCAAUAACACACCUUCCCAACUUCCCACCACCUCCGAGGCCUCCACAAAUACCCCGCAGCCAUCACCAUGCAAUGCUAACCACACCACCACCACCACCAGUAGUUCGAAUGCCGUGAAUAGUGACGAUGAUGAAGUUGGUGCUUUCUUUAAGGCUGUUGCCAUGAAAAUACGUAAUGCCAAGCUAUCCCCGGUGGCCUUUACAGAUCUUCAAAUUGAUAUUUUGAAAGUCAUAAAUUGUUCUUUGCGGAAUCACUGAAAUGUUCAAUACAUUUGGAUGACUUUUAGUGGCCCUACCCAAAAAAACAGCAAGGAGAGAAUUAGGACUAUUAGAAAAAGAGAGAAACAAAAUUUAAUGGGGCACAUUUUUUGGGAUCAAUCAAUUAUAUGUAGUGAUUUAGGCUGAUUUUAUUUUAGAAAGAGACCUGUACAUUAUUUGGAGUAGAAAUUGUAUCAACAAACCAAACACACAAAACCCAUAUUUGUUAUUUUUUAACAAUCUUGUUGAAACAUGUAUUAUUAUGUUUUUUUUUUAUUCAAUAACAAAUAGAUAAUCUAUCGUUGUCAUUGUUUUCACAUUUAUUAUUAUUUCUUUGAUUAUUUAUUGUUUUUAAUUUCUCACACAAGUAACAUCCCUUUGUAAAAUCAUCUUUAACUUGUUAGUAGUAGUAAGAUUCAUUUUUUUUAUUCAUUUAUAAAACAUCUUAACAUUGUUUCAUUUACUACAACAAUUGUCUCCAUUUAUUUGAUACCUUUUUGGCCACUCUGUAUUUUAAGCACAAAAUGAGAAAAAAAAUUUAAACAUUUCGCGUAUUGUUUUACCUAGAAAGUUAUAUAUAACAAUUGUACAAUAUACAAAUAUAUAUUUAAUGCAUAAUAUAUAAAAAUUCAAA